CCACAUAAAGUUGUCUUCCGCCGGCAGUCAGUUUACACCACGUGCUAGAAGCGACAUCUCUCACGUGAUCGGGGCGCCACAACUCCGCUGCAAGUAGCAGCCAUGAUGGAAGGUUUGGAUGAUGGUCCUGAUUUCCUCUCUGAAGAGGACAGAGCUACAGCAUUACCAAAUUUUAAACAGAGUGAAUUUUCUGUUGUUCGGCAACAUGAAGAGUUUAUUUGGCUCCAUGACUCGUUUGUUGAAAAUGAAGACUAUGCAGGAUAUAUUAUCCCACCAGCACCACCAAAGCCUGAUUUUGAUGCAUCGAGGGAAAAGCUUCAGAAACUUGGAGAGGGUGAGGGAUCGAUGACUAAGGAAGAAUUCACAAAGAUGAAACAAGAGCUUGAAGCAGAAUACUUGGCCAUAUUCAAGAAGACUGUUGCAAUGCAUGAAGUGUUUCUAUGUCGUAUUGCUGCACAUCCCAGUUUAAGAACUGAUCUGAACUUUCAUGUCUUUUUGGAAUAUAACCAGGAUUUGAGUGUGCGUGGGAAAAACAAGAAAGAAAAGUUGGAAGAUUUUUUUAAGAAUAUGGUAAAGACUGCUGAUGGGGUUCUUGUUGCGGGUGUAAAGGACAUAGAUGAUUUUUUUGAGCAUGAGAAGACAUUCCUUUUAGAGUACCACAACAGAGUUAAAGAUGCAUCUUCCAAGUCAGACAGAAUGACAAGAUCUCACAAAAGUGCUGCAGAUGACUAUAAUAGAAUGUCUUCAACAUUAUAUUCACUUGGAACCCAAGAUUCAACAGACAUAUGCAAGUUUUUCUUGAAAGUUUCAGAAUUAUUUGAUAGAACAAGGAAAGUUGAAGCACGGGUCGCUGCAGAUGAGGACCUAAAGUUGUCAGACCUCCUGAAGUAUUACUUAAGAGAAUCAGAAGCUGCUAAGGACCUUUUGUACAGGCGAGCAAGGUCGCUAGUAGAUUAUGAAAAUGCAAAUAAGGGCCUGGAUAAAGCAAGGGCAAAAAAUAAAGAUGUGCUACAGGCUGAGACGGGGCAGCAGAUGUGUUGUCAGAAGUUUGAAAGAAUUUCAGAGUCUGCAAAGCAAGAGCUUAUAGAUUUCAAAACAAGACGAGUUGCUGCAUUUCGAAAGAACUUGGUUGAACUAGCAGAACUGGAACUAAAGCAUGCAAAGGGCCAUCUACAGUUGCUGCAGAGUUGUUUGGCAGUGUUGCAAGGGGAUACUUAAUCCAAAUAUUUUCCACGUUUGAAGAACGCAUAAAUCACAGCAUUGUUGGAGACUUGGCAGUCGAACAGUUUGCAGGAGAAUUCAGUUUGUAAAAUGCACAUAUGGAAAGUGUCUUCCUGGGAGGUGUCAGUGCAUAAAAUCAAGAAUAAAAUUAAUGUACGAUACAAAAUAGACCACUUUCUUGCACAUACAUUUAUUAUAUUAUUGUAUGCUCUUAAUUGCUCAUGAGCCAAAAUAUUUUUUUUUUAUUUUUUUAUGAAACUAGGCAGUAUAAUCACUCCUCAUGAAGUUGUGCAUAUUAUUAUGCAUGGCUGCCAAUCUUAUUUGCCUUCGUAAUUUCGUAAGUUGUCCAUUUAAGAUGCAUUAUUUCUUUGAAUAAAUUGUCACUAACAGUAAGUAGGCUCCGUUACUAAAUUGUUUGUCAAAGGUUUUCAUAUAAUGAAGUAUCUUAAACUUUAUUUUUUAUUACUGUUAAAAAUUCUUUAACAGAUUUACAGUAAUUACUGUAUGUAAUACCUUUUUAAAUGUAAUUUGGAAAAGAAAAAAAUGCAAUGGUAUGUAUGCCUUAACUUGUAGACUAAUCUAUAUAUGUUGUAAAAUAAAUGGCUAAAUUGA